AUGUCCAUCAACAAUGGUUAUACUUAUUCUUAUGGAGCUGAACAAUGGGGGGAUAUUGUGGAUGCUUGUGAGGAAUACCAUAAUGGACAACGCACGACUGCAGGGUUGUGCGUCAAGAACUCCAUGAGGCUUGCUGCUGGCUAUGGUAUCGUUGGUGCCUUGGGAUAUGCUGGCGAUACGGCUUGCGUUGCGCUCCUACAGGGUGUGCUCGGAGUUGCAAACACCUUGAAUGGUAAUCAGGGUCAGGGCCCAAACGCAAGAUCAGUCUUCGACCCACCAGACUUCGAAUACGGCACCAACCAUACCUCUGAUGAUGUUAUCGACCUCAUGAACAACGCUAUCGAUGUCAACAGAUUCCAGAGACUCGGUGGCAACAGCACUGAAUCACUGCAGAAGCGGUCAUGCAUCGUCAGAAAUGGCGAUUUAUACACAAAGAACCAUUACUUUGUCUACAACGGCAACUAUGGGAUGAAGCACCAAUGCAAGAACGGCUGUGGAGACGAAAACUACAAUUCCAAAGACAUGGGAGACGUCAUUGACGCAAUGAUUGGUCACGUCUACAGCACUAAAGAUCUCAACGCGCAAUUCACGACCUACGACAGAAAUUCUGGCAAAGUGUAUGCUAGAUGCAAAUUCACGUUUGAGGACGCCCCUACGGAUUCGUGCCCAGAAUUGAUCACAGGAUCGGGAUGCAAAUUCUAG